AGUCACACUGUUAAUGUUCCGUUUGACCAAAACUGGAAAAGAAGGGUGGAUUUAUCGUUUGGGGUGGGGUACCUCGUCAAAAGACGAAAAUAUGAAUGUUAAAAACUCCAGACAACGAUGGCAGUAUGCACUGUUGUAUCUUCUUAACUUGUAAAUAAGAUUCCGGUGGAUAAUCGCCGUUGCAGACAUUGUCUUAUGGCGGGUCUGUCUUAUUUAGUGUUCCGUUUUUCGGGGUCCGCUGGUCGGACUUAUGGGGUGUUUUCUAAAGGAUUGACGAGGACUUUGUUGAUAUUUUUUGAUCUCGCUUGGCGACUGCGAAUCAGAUUCCCAUACCUCUAUCUCAUCGCUUCGAUGAUGUUCAAUGUGCGAUUACAGGUCCAUAUUGAGAUUCACUGAGUGUAGCUACAACUGCCACAAUUGAGGACCCAACACCCCUGACUCUGCUCAUUUGUGGGCAUCCUCAGUCAGAACUUUCCAAAGAGACCCUGCAGACCUCACACAAUCAACAAUGUGGAAGAGGGCACUAGUAUCAGGGGCCAGUAUGACAAUGCGCAAUGUUACACGACCGUUGUCUCAGCCACCCCUUGUCAUAGGAACCCAGUGCCUUUGCUUGGGAAGGACACCAUGAUGAUGUCAUUAACAAUGGCCGCUGGGGUGUGCUGAGAUUUGUGAGGUUGUACUGGGAUAUAUCUCUCACAGCCACUCGCCACCAGAGAUUCUUGAGCUACCCAUCUGGUCAGAGGAGACAUAGGAAAGGAUGACCAGUGGAAUUCGACACUGCCUUUUUGUCGCAGACCACAAGGAGGACUGAGAAACAAAAAUUACAAUGACAACAAUGUAAUGAAUGUUUUUGGAAACUUUCUUAUUUCUUCUUCCUCUUAGAGUUCUGCUUGAUGUGUUCAUCAGUGCACAUCUGUAAUUGUCUCCGAAGGAAAAACUGGAAACUUGUCAUAUAGUUCCCCUCAUAAUGAAACACAGUAUCCACUAGCUUACAUCUCCACCGCAUGACAUAAACCAGUGCAUGUUUUCUAUUCUCAGUGGUUUGGGCAUUUUUUUUGAGCGGUUUUGAAAAAGUUUGUUGGCCAAUGGAAAGAUGGUGCAGUGAGUUGGAAAGUGGAAGAGGAGAAAUUUCUGUGUAGGUCAGCAGGGCUACUGUUACAACCUUUCAGUGUAGCUCAGCAGAGCUACUGUUACAACCUUUCAGUGUAGCUCAGCAGGGCUACUGUUACAAACUUCCAGUGUAGGUCAGCAGGGCUACUGUUACAACCUUUCAGUGUAGCUCAGCAGAGCUACUGUUACAACCUUUCAGUGUAGCUCAGCAGAGCUACUGUUACAACCUUUCAGUGUAGCUCAGCAGGGCUACUGUUACAACCUUUCAGUGUAGCUCAGCAGGGCUACUGUUACAACCUUUCAGUGUGGGUACGGUCACCUUUCAGUGUGGGUACGGUCACCCUUCAGUGUGGGUACGGUCACCUUUCAGUGUGGGUACGGUCACCUUUCAGUUAUAGAAAUGGCAAGGUGCUUGUUGUGUAAUGUGCAUCUAUCCUUAGUGUCACUUCUUCUCACUGAUUUGGAAUGGAAUGUUGCAGUGUAGGUGUCAGGCAAAGAGGAAGGAUCCAGGAAAGGAAUGACUGCAUGACACACACACACACACACUUGUGUCACCCACUUCUCUGUAUCGGUCAAUGGAGCUAACGAGGUGGCAUUUUAGAUCUGAAAUAAAUGGUUUAUGAUUUUGUC